AUGGGUUCUUGCAAAGAAGAAGAUGGCAAUCAACCAAAUUGCCUGUGGGUUGAUGGACCUAUAAUCGUAGGUGCAGGACCAUCUGGGCUAGCAGUCUCAGCAUGCCUUAAAGAAAAUGGUGUCCCUUCUGUCAUUCUUGAGGGGAGUGACUGUAUAGCUUCUUUAUGGCAACAAAAGACUUAUGAUCGUCUUAAACUUCACCUUCCUAAGCAAUUCUGUGAGCUGCCCUUACUUGGUUUUCCUGAAAAUUUUCCAAAAUAUCCCACUAAACACCAGUUCAUAUCUUACAUGCAAUAUUAUGCUAUCCACUUCUCAAUAGAACCAAAGUUCAAGCAAGUUGUGCAGAGUGCUGAAUACGAUGUUGUAUGUGGGGUUUGGAGGGUUAGAACUCAAGAUUGUGAGUAUGUUUCCAGGUGGAUUAUUGUUGCUACAGGAGAAAAUGCUGAGCCUUUCAUACCAGAUAUUCAAGGGAUUGAGAAAUUUCAAGGGCAUGUGAGGCAUACUAGUGUAUACAAGUGUGGUUCUGAAUUUCAAGACCAAAGAGUUCUAGUCAUUGGUUGUGGAAAUUCUGGGAUGGAAGUAAGUCUCGACCUCUGUAGAUAUAAUGCCACACCUCACAUUGUGGUCAGAAACACAGUUCAUAUUCUACCUAGGGAAAUUUUUGGUUUCUCAACAUUUGCAGUGGCAAUGGCACUUCUCAAAUGGUUACCUCUAUGGCUAGUGGACAAGUUCUUACUCAUGGUGACCAAUUUCACCAUAGGCAACACGGACACAUUAGGUCUCAAAAGGCCAAAAACUGGACCAAUUCAGCUAAAGAAUGCAACUGGAAAGACACCAGUGCUAGAUGUGGGAGCAUUAUCACAAAUUAAAGCUGGAAAAAUUAAGGUAGCGGAAGGUGUGAGAGAGAUAACAAGAAAAGGGGCCAAGUUUGUAGAUGGACAAGAAAGAGAAUUUGAUUCCAUAAUCCUUGCAACUGGGUACAAGAGCAAUGUGCCUGCCUGGCUCAAGGGUUGUGAUUUUUUCACAAAAGAAGGCAUGCCCAAAACACCAUUUCCUAAUGGAUGGAAAGGUGACAAUGGAUUGUAUACCGUGGGAUUUACAAGAAGAGGCCUCCUUGGGACUGCAUCUGAUGCAGUUAAAAUUGCCAAAGAUAUUGCUGAUCAAUGGAGGUUAAACAAGGGCUGCAAGAAACACUGA